AUGCGUAAGGUGUUACGAAAGCGCGAAAUCGAAAUAUCACACUUCAAUUCAAUAGAAAAAUCAUCGAAAAAAUUGAAUAGAAAUACAACCCAGGACGAUCGUUCCUGGAAGCAGUAUUCCGCUUAUUUCCGGCGAAAACCCGCCGGAUAUUCAUAUUUUCCGCGCUGGAAACCACGAGAAAAGACUCGGAAUCCUACUAAAGGAACCGGUAACCGUAUCCGACUANUUUCCAUUGAUUCAUUCGAUGAUUAUAUUCAAUUGAUCAGUGAUCUUAUUCGACAUUUACAUUUUCUAUUAAUAUCAAGAUCAAAUUGUUCAAUAAUUCAAUCAUGUUUGAAUGUUAUCGCUGAUGGUUUAGAAUAUAUUUUUCAUACUCAUGAUACAACCUUUCCAAGAUUGAUUCAAGAUUUAUUUGAAGAUGAUCGAAAAUAUUUUCGAACAUUUCAAACAGAUUCAUUUCAGUUAUCAGCACCACCUUUGAGAAAUUCUCUAUUAUUGUCAUCAAUGGAUGUUCGAUCAUUAAUACUUGCAGAUCAAACAGCAAUUGAUUGCCUUUUUAAACUUUAUCAAUUUUAUGAACUGAAUAGUGAAACGAUAAAUCAACAUAUUGGAGAAAAUCAUGUCAGUGUUUUAUUGCCUGUUCAUCAUCUCUUAGUACAAAUUCGUCAAAUAAUUAAUUCAGAUACAAUGAAAACGAAUACAACGAUUAUUUGA